CAAGGAGGCUUUUUCAUGUACACCUUUUCUGUUCAACUUACGUUAGCAAUAUCGUAUAAAGUGAACGAAGACACCAAUAAAUCGAAUGAUAGUAACCAUGACGAUGAGAAUGAGGGAUUCUUUUGGGAUCCACCCUCCACGAGGAGUCGGAAUUCCAAGAAUCAAAACCAUGUGUGGCAAUUGCAGGAACAAUUGGCACAAGCCACCGUGAGGAUACACGAUUUGGAAGCUGAACUUAAACGCGUUCAAAAGAUUAACAAUUUCACCUUAAAGGACGAACUCACCGAUGGACAUCAGAAAGCGGAGUUCUUAAGAGCUAAGCAAGAUAUAAUGAAUCGUAUAAUACAAAUGGAAGAGAAGAAUCGGGAGGCUGAGAAGAACGCAAGACGCACGCAUUCAGACGAAACGGCAUUGGUCACUGAUUUUCGUACGGUGCUGUCCAAAUUGAACUCCCUCGAGAAAUUGGAUUUAGUUCGUGGCGCCUUGAAAGCACUAGAAACUGAGAAUGAAAAAUACAGCGAGGCCAACAAGCGGGAGAAGUCUGAUUUCGACGAAAAAUUUAACAGGCACAGCAAGGAGAAGCCUAAUCUUGACGCGAACUCGUGCCACGAAGAGAAUCACGCGCGAUGCGACGGAUUCGUCGAGGCUUCAAGCAACAGGGAGUCAGAGUUGCGCAACAAAAUCAAGGAGCUUCAAGAAGAGAACAGGAGGUUGUUUGCCAGCAUCGAAGAGUUGGAUGGACAGCACGAGGAAUCGAUAGAGGAACUGCUGUCUCUCAAGGAGGAGGUCGUGAAAAAACAUCAGUGCCUUCAGAACGCUUACGAACAACUUUAUGUAGAAUACAAUCAAGCUCAGGACAAAGUCGUCCAACUGGAAGAUAAAGUAACUAAAUUAGAGUCUGAAACGCGGACGCGAACGGCAACUGUCUCCAGUUCAGUGCAGACUAACAGUAGAGAAAGUGUGGACAAAUGUACGCAGGCGAACGAUUCGGACUCCAUCGAGGAGCAGAAUGAAAACAAAGAUGAUGCGGUCAACUCGUUGACUGACAGAGUGCAAAAUAUUUUGAAGAGCACUUGCGUGGAAAUCGAGCCGAACGAAACGAUCUUCGAAGCUCUGGCGAAACAAUAUGUCGAUGUGAAAUGGAAGAAAGACGUGGUGGAGAAGUGGGUAUCGGAGUUGAACAGAGAAUUAAAGGGAGUCGUGGAGAUGAAGGAAGAUCUGCAGAUGGAAUGCAGCAUGAAACAGUCGCAUAUAGACACGCUGCUCCAAGAGAUCGACGAUUUAAAAUCGAGUUUACCGUCGAUACCUGAGGCAAACGAAGAACGCAUUGUCUCGUUGGAAUCGGAGAACGAGUCACUGCAUGAGGAAAUGAAGCGGCUUCAAGCGGAGAACGCCGCGAUGAGAAAGAAAAACGCGUUGCGGAAGAAGAACGCGAUACGAGCUGCUGGCUUGAACGAAGCGCGUUUGAAGAGCCAGGCUCACGCAGCAGCUGCGUCGCGCAAGAAAGCUGCCAAGCUGGAGAAUAUACCGGAAGACAUCGAGGACACGUUUAACACGAUGGAGAACCUGAAUCGAAGAUUGCACGCCAGUUUAAACGAGAACGAUGGGCUGCGCAAAAAAAUCGACAUGUUAGAAAAUACGGAGAAGGAAAUGCAGGAACAGUUGAAGAUGUCGUUGAAGAAAUGCAGGGAUUUGGAUGAGAACGUCGAAUUUAUCGAGGAAUUGAAAUAUAAUCUCGAGAACGCAAAACAGGAGUUAAUGACGUCCACUACAAACACACAGCGAUUGGAGAAUAGUUUGACGCUUCUAAGAGACGCGAAAAACGAGAUUCAGAAAGAAAACGAGGAACUAUCUAUGAGGAACGAACAGUUGGAAAUUGAGAUUUCACAGUGGCGUAAGAGUAAUUCGGAAACAGGAAGUCAUGAAACCUUGAAAGAUCUUCAGGAACAACUAAACGGAGUCACUCGCGAGAAAGAUGAUCUGGAGUACGAUAUACUGAAUAUGAGGAAAGAAUUGGAUGAAGCGUUGAGUCUAAUAGAUUUGAAAGAAAGCUGUAUAGCAAAACUGAAUCAAGAAAAUGAAACUUUAACGAAGGAGAAGGAUUCUUUAUUGGAACAAUUGACUGCCAUCCAGGACGAAUCGAACGAUAAAAUAGACUUGGUAAGCACUGAAAAGACUUUGCUUGAGCAGGAACAAGCGGAGUUGAAUGAAAAAUUGGCGAGCAACGAAAAACAAUUGAACGAAACUAGAGAACGAUUACAAGAGAUGGAAGAGAGGUACGCGAAAUUGGAGAGCGAGUUUCUAUCGAUGGACGAAAGGGCUGAGGAACUUCAAUUAGAAAAUGAAAAUCUGCAUAACGAGAUGAAGAAACGUGAAGAAUUGAAGAACGAUUCGGAGAUCGCCGAAUUGACUGAGAAGUUGAAUUCCAUGCAGAACGAUUACGCCCAGCUGGCGAACGAAGUGGAAACGUUACGUCAGAAGGAAAGAGAAUUGACGAAGUUCGAAGAAAAUUUAGAAUCGUUUGCUGAGGAGAAUAAAACUUUGAAGAGUGAGUACGAAAUGCUUCAGGAUAACUAUAGACAAUUGGAACGCGACGUAACGUGUCUACAAACAGAGAAAGAGGAGUUGCUAAAUCGCUUAAAUGAAAAGGUUCGUGAUAACGAGGAACAACAGAUGUCGGUUCUUUUAGAGGAGAAAACACGAGAGAACGAAGCAUUGAAAGAAGACAAUAAUAGAUUAAUGACGGAAGUAAUGAAUUCGCAAAUGAAACUGCAAGAAGCCGUCGAUAGUAAUACGGAAUCGGCCGAUAUGGCAAAACAAACAAUAGAGAGUUUGUCUCACCUAAUUCGAGAAAAGGAUGAGGAGAUCGGCAACCUUAAAAAUGCAUUACAACUUGCCAAAGAUAAUGCAGAGACGUUGGAUCAAUUCGUUACCGUGAAGAAUGAACGGGACGAGCUCGUGAAAUUAGUUACUAUUAAGCAUAACGAGAGUUUACAAUAUCAUGCAGAAAUUCAAAGAUUGACGCAAUUGUUGAACGAGCAAGCCUCGCAGGUUCGAAGUUUAUUGGCGGAAAGAGAUCUACAUCAAUCAGAAUUAAAGGAGAAAGACGCCGAACUUUUGUGGACGAGGAGCGAGUUGCAGGCGGUUCAGCAACGGUUGAAGAACGCCGAAGAAUCGAGCAAAGGAGAAACUUGCGGGAUCGUAGAGCAUACAACGCAGGCCGCGGAAAUCUCAAUUCUCAUCGAGAAGUGUAACGCGUUAGAAGCGGCGCUGAUUCAAGAGCAAUCGAACAACCGAAUGUUGCAGAAUCAAUUCAGCGAAAGCCAAAGUAAAGAGGCAAACGCCGCGAAAGAGUUGGAGAGGCUGCGAGCGCAUUUGGUGGAAAUAGAAUCGAGCUACACGGAGGAUGCUUUACUCGCUGAGGAGGCCAGGAAGCAAUUAGAGGCAAAAUUGCAACAGGCUGAGGAAAAAGUGAAAUCUAGCUCGACCGCAUACACGUCUGCGAAUAUAAGAGCGAAUCAGCAAGUGGAAACCCUGCAACAACAGAUGGCAUUGAUUAUUCAGCAAAGAAGUGAAAUACAGAACAAAUUGUCCGCUGCUGAAGAUAAAAUACUCUCGCAGACGGCUUCUUUAACUAAUCUACAAAUCGUUCUGGAGCAGUUCCAACGAGAUAAAGAGAGAGAUAUCGUGGCGGCAACAGAAAGAAUUCAGUCCAAGUUAAACGAAUCUUAUAAAAGACAAGAAGAAUUGAUCAAUGAAAUUAUAAAUCUCAAGGAACAAUUAGCUGAGGCUAAAGAAUGCUUACAAGCGGCUUCCAGAUUAAGUGAGGAGCUAGAUAGAAAAACGGAACGUAUCGAACAACUUAGCCAAGAAGUGGACCGAUUAUCAAAUCUUGUGAACACAGCUGAUAAUAGGAUACAGGAGGCAAGGCAAAGUGGCGAGGGAAAAGUUGAUAAGACUCUCGUUAAGAAUCUUUUAUUGGGUUACCUGUCUUCCUCGGCGACGGAUAAAUCCUCUGUGCUCAGGGUGUUCUCCACAGUUCUGGAUUUCAAUGAAUCGGAGAAGGAUAAAGCUGGUUUAAAUAACGCUGCCGCGCAAAAUAGUUGGUUUUCACGUUUGAGCGGCGGAUCUACUGUUCCUAUUAAAGACCAAGAAGCAUCCUUAUCAGCGGCGUUCGUUAGAUUUUUAGAAAAUGAAUCUAAACCUAAACCACAGUUGCCUGCAUUGCCCAUACAAACAUCGUCUUUAACACGACCUGGUCACAGUAGACAACAUUCUACGUCGUCAACGCAAUCCGCUUCGUUACUUUCCAAUGUAAAUCUACCAACAUUCCCGGACUUUAUUCCAGCCAGAAACACGGGAUCCAUUCUGAAGGAAGUAUUGAAGGAUAGCUGAUAUUAACAGUUCCUGUAUAUAUGAUUUUGCACUUUGUAAAUUCUAAGACCGUGAUGGAAAGCAAUGUUUCAGUGACGUUUGAUUGUUGAGCUCCAUUCGGUCAGAGUAUGCAAAGUGAACGAAACUAAGAGAUUAUCGAGUUAAAUUAUAAUUUUAUAAAAGGAACGAAUAACUCUGCGAACUUCGUAACGUCAUACUUCAUUGUUCAGAAGUUUAUAAUGAAUUCGCCAGUGGACUAUUACUUAUAUGGCAAUGUAACAAAGAAUUGCCAGAUAUUUGUAAAAAGUUUAACCCGGUGAAAUUCUAUACGGUAACAAUUGUACAGUUUGAGAGAAUGAUUCUCGACCGCUUUUGAUUGCUUAGUUUCCCUUAGGGGGACAAAACUUGAAAAUAGUAAUAAAUAUUCAUUAACGACUCGUACAUAUAAAUGUAAGGCAAAAAGAUUAUGCACGGUGUCAUGCCUCGUAAUAC